AUGAAUGCUUCCAGUUAUUCGUCUUCAACUAUUCCAGGAAUAGCUGAGGCAAAUGAACCCAAUCAGAAAGAAAAUAACAAAUUGACACAUCAGAAUGAAGACACCGAAAGAAGGAAAAGCUCUUCAGUUUUGCACGAGGACGAUGAAACUGACAUCGAAGCUAAUAUAAAAAAUCUGACCUUCUCAGGGCUACCAAAUUCUAUUUUACGAAAAAAUCGGAAUCCCAGUAGGUCAUCAAUUGUAUCUCCUCGACAUGUUUCUAAGACACCAACAUUCGAGUCGCAACAUUCACAGUUCUUUUAUGAUUACAUGGAACAACAGGAACAGCAUAGACGAUCAUCAGUACCCCACGCUCCUGUACGUAGCCACACCCUUGACAGCACGAUAGAUCAAGCGCAUAAUCACCCGAAUAACAGUAAAGAAACUAAACAGAGACGAAAAUCACUUCUUUCACCUUCUGAUCAGCCUCCUUUUAAUGGAUGGAGGAAAGAAUUUGGAAAUGCCUUCAAAAAAAUAUCCGUAAUCUCUAAAUUGAAGACUAUGCGUCACUCAAAAAUUGCCGCUGAGCAACAUACACAAUCCACUGAAGGACAGAACAAUCGAGAGCCGUUUAAUGAAGAUACUUAUACUCAAAGAUUAGCCUCUGAUUUAAUCGAUUCUUUAUUAUCAGCAUCUCCUGCAUCACUUUUCGCAAGUACCCAAUUUUUGAGAGAUGAACACGGAAAUAGAAGGGCGCCACUUUUACUAGCCAUGCUAGACGUUAGAGUAAAACCACUAACAAACAUAUCAGAUUUUUUAUCAGGCGAACAUGAGCAUUCAAACUCUCAUGUAAACUAUGACAGUAACGGUGAAAUAGGUUCAAGAAGAAAUAGUAUGUUCAGUUAUUCAACCAUAGGAAACUCAGGAACCAAUAAUCCCGAACUUCGAACGACAUCCCACAAAAAGCCACACCAUAUUAUUUUCGAACUACAAUUUGAAUACGGUAUAGGAGAAAAUAGAUUCAAAUGGUCAAUAAUGAAAAGUUACAAAGAAAUUGAAAGAUUACAUCAUGACUUAAGAUUAAUUUCAUUCCAGCAGAAUACUUUAAGCAAGCUUUAUCAGGAACAGAAUAGGUUCAGCGUUUUUAAAACACCCUAUUUUCCAACUUUUCAUGAUGCUCACAAGAAAAGAUUUCAGAAUUCAAGGAAUACUGAAAAAAAUUCAAAAACUUUUUUAUCAUCAAGAAGUUCCAUGUCAUCUUUGAACUCCAAUUCGUCAAAUUCCAGUUCGUCCACUCCUUCAAUUACUUUUCAGUUGAAUGAAAUAAAAAUGAAACACUUGCAAGAUCUCAUUGAAGAGGAAGAUGAUUAUACCCAACCAAUGCAUAUCAGGCUAGAGAGGUAUUUUAGGUUACUGAAUCUAGCACUUUGUCUACGGCCUCAAGCAAAUAGAUUAUUCCAAUUUUAUGAGUUUUCACCAAUUGGCAACUUGUUGAGUUACGAGACUGGAUAUCAGGGCAAGGAAGGCCUAUUGAUUAUUAGGUCCACGGCAAAGGCACAGGGCUGGAGGGUUUCACAUUUCAAUGCUCAUGACUUUAAGGAAAUGAUAGAAAGACAUACUCCUAAAUGGUUCUUGGUGAGAGACUCUUAUAUCAUCUAUGUCUCUGACAUCUGUAGUACGACACCAUUGGAUGUUUUUAUGGUUGAUUCGAAAUUUAACAUUAAAUCAUCCGGCCAAAACAAGAAAAGGAGGAAUAGCAAGAAGAAUACAGAGUAUUUUGAGGAUGACAUAGAUUGGGAUCUUGAAAAUUCCAAGAAAAUUUCCACUAAAUUACUGGUGACGUUACAAAAUAGUGAAAGAAAACUUCAAAUAAUUUGCAAGUCUGAAUUUUCCAUGAAACAGUGGGUUGCUUCUUUUACCAUGAUGGCCAAAAACUCCAUUUGGUCUCAAUCUCACAGAUUUAGUAGUUUCGCCCCCGUUCGGACUAAUGCUUUCUGUAAAUAUCUUGUAGAUGGAAGAGACUAUUUCUGGGCUUUAAGUGAUGCAAUACUUAUGGCUGAAGAUGUGAUCUAUAUUCAUGAUUGGUGGCUUUCUCCAGAGGUAUAUUUGAGGAGACCAGUAAACGGAAAUCAAGAAUUCAGACUUGACAGAUUGCUGAAAAAAAAAGCAGAAGAAGGAGUUAAAAUUUUCAUAGUGGUUUAUAGAAACGUCGGUAAUAUUGUCGGUACGGACAGUCUAUGGACAAAGCAUUCCAUGUUAAAACUGCAUGAUAACAUUCACUUAAUUAGAUCACCGAAUCAGUGGUUACAGAAUACAUAUUUUUGGGCUCAUCAUGAAAAACUCUGUGUUAUUGACAGCACUGUCGCUUUCAUGGGAGGUAUUGAUUUAUGUUUUGGCAGGUAUGAUACCCCGGAACAUGUAUUAAGGGACGCAUAUGAUGAUUUAAAAGAUCAAACGUUCCCUGGCAAAGAUUACUCAAAUGCCAGAGUUUGUGAUUUCUAUGAGCUAAAUAAGCCAUUCGAAUCGAUGUAUGAUAGAAACGAAGUUCCAAGAAUGCCCUGGCAUGAUGUCCAUAUGAUGACCAUUGGGGAAGCUGCUAGAGAUAUGGCAAGACAUUUCGUUCAGAGAUGGAAUUAUUUAUUGAGAGAAAAAAGGCCGAGUAGACCAACUCCUUUGCUACUGCCACCAAAUGAUUUCACUCCCGGGGAAUUGGAAAAUUCUCCAAUAUUUCGAAAUCUGAAGGAAAGAUCCACUUGUGAAGUGCAAGUAUUGAGAAGCGCGGGUAACUGGUCGCUAGGACUGAAAGAGACGGAACAUUCUAUCCAGAACGCAUACUUGAAAUUGAUUGAGACCAGUCAGCAUUAUAUUUAUAUCGAAAAUCAAUUUUUUGUAACUACUUCGGAGUGGGAUGGAGUUAUAAUUGAAAAUAAAAUCGGUGCAGCUAUAGUUGAUAGAAUUGUCAGAGCUAACAGCGAGGGCAAAGAUUGGAAAGCCUACAUUAUUAUACCAUUAAUGCCUGGAUUUGAUUCGCCAAUUGACCAACCUGAGGCUUCGAGUGUCAGAGUUAUUAUGCAAUGUCAGUAUCAAAGUAUUUCACGUGGUGAAACAUCUAUUUUCUCCAAAUUAAAAAAGUUAAACAUUGAACCAAUGCAGUACAUUCAAUUUUUUUCACUCAGGAAGUGGUCUACAAUUGGUCCCCACGAUAAAAUUGUGACCGAACAAUUGUACGUACAUGCGAAGCUUAUGAUCGUAGAUGAUAGAAGUUGCAUCAUUGGCAGUGCAAAUAUCAACGAGAGGUCACAGCUAGGUAGCAGAGACAGUGAAAUUGCGAUGAUUGUAAGAGAUACCGAUUUGAUUAAGACUAAAAUGAAUGAUGAAGAAUACUAUGCUGGAAGAUUUGCAUGGGAGUUAAGGCAAAGGUUAAUGAGAGAACAUCUUGGAUGUGAUGUUGAUCUAGUGGAAAUUGUAGAGAGAACAUUUGGUAAGCUUGAAAAAAUUGCCUCACUGAAUUACAAUACCUUAAACACUAUCGCAGCCAAAUCUGCCGAUUCCGCCAGCAAAAAGCAACGAAUUAGUUCAGCCAUGAUCGAGAUGGGAUUCCGUGAGGUAUUCGACUGUAAGUAUAGUCCAAUCUGGUUUGAAAAAUUUGCUCAUGAUCAAUCUGUAAUUUUCCACAAUUUUGGAAUUUUUAGUAAUGAGACGAGACCUGGAGAUAAUGAUUUUAUUCAACAACCGAUUGAAAGUACUGGAGAUUUUACUACGGCUCGAAAAUCAAAAUUAACUUGUAUUGAUGAGAACAACAAUACCGAUCCUGAAUAUUUAAAUAAGAUUCAUUCAUUUAAUCAUAGAGCAGGGGUUGAUAAUAUUGGUAUGAGAGAUAAGAAAUCCAUAAGUUCUGAUCCAAGAUUAGCUGGUAAUAAGAAACAUGAUCAAGAAGUUGCAGGUAAUGGGCCAGAUGGAUGGAAGAAUGUCACUAUAGAAUUCAAAGAAUCUGUUACUGAGCAACUGAGGGAAUGGUCAUUAAAGGCCAUGUCUUCGAAAACAAUCGGAGGUAACUCAAAGACUAACUCAAAGAAAACUAAUAUUUUACCCAAGAAAGAAGAUGUUUACGGCUAUAUGGUUGAUGAAACCGUUUCUGACGACAAAAAAUGGGACAUGCUUAAAAGAAUAUGUUAUUUACAACACUUGGCCUUUAAGAUAGAACAGAAAGAGUACGUCAAUCCGAAGAUGAAUCAAAAGAUGAGUGGAAAUAACAUUACAGAGGAUACUGAAGAAAUUCAUGAAAAAAAUAAAAAUAUUCUUGAAGAAGAGGAAUUAGACGAUGAAGCACUAGAUAGCUUACUGAGACAAUUAACACCGGUGUUAACGACUCCUGAACGUACGAGCAAGCUGAUCAAUCUAAAAUUUAUUGAUCCGUAUUCUUUUGCAGACCCUUUGUCUGUAAAAUUUUAUGAGGAGUUGUGGUUCACAGUGGCUUUGAAGAAUACGCUAUUAUAUCGGUUAGUUUUUCAUUGUCAACCUGAUAAUGCCGUUCAAACAUGGAAGGAUUAUAAGGAAUUUUUAAGAAUGUAUGAUGAAUUCAACAAGAACCAAGAGAGCUUGAUUGAUAUCGAACUGAAACAUAGUAACAACAACAAUAAUAACAGUAAUAAAGAUGACAGUGAAGUACAGAUCCCUGAAGAUGUUGUUAUUACUGAUGGAACGAAAGUUGACGAAGUACCUGUCCUUGAUACCGACAACGUUACUUCUACUGGUGUCACGAAGACUCUGGGACAGAGAGAGAAAAGAAGAAAAGCGAUAACAUUACAAAUGAAAUUAAAUGGAAGUCUACUGUACGGAUUCAAUGAGAGAAUAUUUGAUAAAUAUACUGCAAGGAGAAUAUUGGAAAGAAUUCAUGGUCAUUUGGUCAUUUUUCCGACAGAGUGGCUUGCUAAGGAAGUUGAAUCAAGAAACUGGUUUUAUAAUGCCGAUAGAUUACCACCCAUCGAUAUCUACGACUAA